AUGGUGAAGAUAAAGUUCAGAUUAGUUGUUGCAUCAGACCAAGCAGGUUAUGAAUACAAGGAGAAGAUAGCACAAGAUUUAAAAGAUUACCCACUAGUGGAAUCCAUUACAAAUCUAGGUGUUGGAUCAAAUGGUGAAUCUACUCCAUAUCCUUCAGUUGCCAUCAAGGCUGCAGAAUUGAUUGCAAAUGGUGAAGCUGAUAGAGCUAUCUUAUUUUGUGGAACUGGAUUAGGUGUUGCAAUUAGUGCUAAUAAAGUUGAAGGUAUAAGAGCUGUUACUGCUCAUGAUUCAUUCAGUGUUGAAAGAAGUAUUUUAAGUAAUAACUGUCAAGUUUUAUGUAUGGGUCAAAGAGUUAUUGGAUUAGAAUUGGCUAGAAGAUUAGCUAAAGAAUGGUUAACUUAUAAUUUUGAUGAUAAAUCUGCUUCUGCUGCAAAAGUUGAUGAAAUUACUACAUAUGAAAAAUCUCAUGUUAUUGCAACAUAA